AUGUCCACCAUAUCUCUCGCCAACCUGCAGCGUAUCUCUGCCAAAGACCUGUCCGAGAUUCUGCUCGCACAGCAAGCCGCUGCUACGGACCCAACCGUCGCCGUUGUUGACGUUCGCGAUGAUGACUACCUUGGUGGCCACAUCAGGGGUGGUAUCAACAUGCCCUUCGCGACAAUCGACGUUAUGAUGCCUACCCUCGUCCGACGUAUGCAAGACAAGAAGACAGUCGUAUUCCACUGCGCCCUCUCACAACAGCGCGGACCAAGCGCGGCACUCAAGUACCUCCGCGAACGCGAUCAGAUGCUGCGAAGAGAGAACCCUGCUGAGCUCGCGAAUCAGACGGUUUACGUCCUCGAUCUCGGCUUCAGCGGUUGGCAUCAGACGUACGGCGAAGACGAACGUCUGACCGAGGGAUACAGCAAGGAAUUGUGGCAGAGUGGCUUCUAG